AUGGCGACCACUUCUCUCCAGUGCUCCCGGCUGAGCUGCCAGCUCUUCUCCCGCUCCACACAACGAGCAUCGCGACCGUCCGAUUCCAUCAAGACCGACUCGUUCGCUCACGGCACGAAGCUCGCCCUGACCGCCGUGCAGAGGAGAGCAUCGAAGUUCGCACCUAAGGCGUCCGUCGCCGUGCAACCAACGGCGAAUGCAGAGACGAUCAGCGCGGACGAUCGGCUCAGGUUGAAGGAGAGCGAGGAUGCGUCCAAGCCUUACUCUGUUAUCGAGGUUGAUGCUGCGGAGAAGAAGGAUUUCAAUGUCGCGACAGUUGUUGCCGUUCUGGACGUCGCUCCUGAUGUGCGAGUGGUGACUGUCAAUGCGGAAAUCUCGAGAGAGUUCAUUCCCAUUGACCAGGCCUACACGAAGCCCGGGCAGACCGUGCUGGUGCGCGUGGCGGAGGGAGAGCCCGUGGUGACGUACGUGUCGAGCCCGCCGUUCCCCAGCGAGAGCAACUGGCGCGUGCUGUACAAGCUGCGCGGCGACAUCCCCGCCGGUGCCACCAAGGCGCCGCAAUACGCGUUGUCCGUGAAGCACCCGCUGGAGCUGCACGUCACGCCCGACCACCCUCUCUACAACCUGCAGCCUGGAGCUGAGUUGGAGGUCGGUGCCUUCCAGGCCAACGGGCUGGACCUGCGGCCAAUCAUGUUCCUCUCGCGGUUCCCCACGCUGCUCAUCUUUGCCGCGGGCAACGGCAUUGCGGCGGCGCGGUCGCUCAUAGAGGCCUCGGAUGUGGGGUCGCUGUUCCUCAACAUGCGCUCUGAAGUGCGGCUCUUCUACUCCGCCCCCUCGCCCUCAGCCGUUGCUUACAAGGACCACUUUGCCCAAUGGGAGAAGCUCAAUGCGAAGGUGAGGCCGAUCGUGGACGCGACAAACGGGGAGGAGUGGGACGGGCUGGUGGGGUCGUUUAUGGAUGCGUUCGACGCUGACGACUUGGAGUACGACCCUGAGCUCACAGCCGCUGUGGUGUUUGGCGAUAAGCAGUCCAACCAAGCUGCGCUGCAAGUGCUCAAGGAGGCCGGGGUCCCUGAGAAGAGCAUCUUGCUCCAAAUGGCGGCAGCGGCGCCUAAGCGCAAGAGAACUUGGGACACGCCACCAGUUGCGGAUUCAGGCGCCAAUGCACAGAACGGAGCGCCUUCUAUCGCGGAUGGACCGAGAAAGCUAGCAUCCGCAGCAGACCGCAAAGGAAAAGCGAAAAUGCGCGACGAUUUCGACGACGAGGAGAAAGGCGGGCCUGAAUCCGAAUUCCGUCGCCCCGUGCUCCCCGCGGCGCCGGGCGAUAAUGAGGAGGUUGACAUGGAGCUUCUGGAAGCGCUCGAACGGGAAGCGGCGGCGGCGGCAGCGGCGGGGGAGGGCGGAGCGGGAGGCGGGUUCUCCGUCGAGGUUAUGGACCUCCGCGGAUUGCGGCGAGCCGUUCUGGCAUUCGAGAAGCGGCUCAAGGAGAACAUGGACGCGCGGAUCCGCCACGUGGACCAACCAGAGAAGUUUAUGGAAUCCGAGGUGGAGCUCGACCGGGAGGUCAAGAAGCUCCACGCUGUCGCAAGCGCGCCGAGCCUGUACCCAGAUUUAGUGCGGUUGAAUGCGGUUCCGUCGAUUUUGUCGCUUCUGGGGCACGAGAACACGGAUAUAUCGUUAGGAGCGGUUUCGUUACUAGGAGAGUUGACGGAUGCGGACGCGAUAGGGGAUCACGAGGAGGAGGCGAAGGCAUUGGUGCAGUCGCUUGUAGAUUCGAGCGGGUUAGAGCUUCUCGUGCAGAAUCUUCAGCGAUUGGACGAAAAGGAUAACGAAGAAGGUAACGCUGUUUUCACGACGUUGGGCAUUUUCGAGAAUAUGAUCGAGGCGUUGCCAUCCGUCGCCGAAGCCGUUUGCGAACGGACCCGACUGUUACGCUGGUUACUGGCCCGAAUACGCGUUAAAGAGUUCGACGCGAAUAAGCUAUACGCUAGCGAGAUCCUCGCGAUCCUGCUCCAAGGCAGCUCCGCGAACCAAAAACGAGUCGGCGCGAUGAACGGCGUGGAUUCGCUGCUGCAAGCCGCGGCAAUUUACAAAUCGCGCGAUCCGAAAACGACGGAAGAGGAGGAAAUGCUGGAGAAUAUCUUCGACGCGCUGUGCAGCGUGGUGAUGGUGGACGAGAAUAAGGAGCGGUUCGUGAAAUCGGAGGGGGUGGAGCUGAUGAUUAUCACGAUGAAGCAAAGGAAGCUCGCGUACUCGUCCGCGAUGAAGGCCCUCGACUUCGCCACCACGCGCUGCCCCGCCGCGUGCGAGCGGUUUGUGGAUGUGCUGGGGCUGAAAACGCUCUUCUCCGCGUUCAUGAAUAAGGUGACAGUGAAACGCAAGGACAAGUCAGAGACGCUUCAGCUGCAGCAGGAGAUAGACGAGCGUGUCAUCUCCCUCAUUGCCUCCCUGCUCUCGGGGCUGUCCAAGGGGUCACGGAGGGACCGAGUGCUGAGCAAGUUCGUGGAAGGAGAGUAUGAGAAGAUCGACCAUCUUUUGGAGCUGUAUAUGAAAUACUGGGAGCGGGUGCGGGCGGAAGAGAGGCGGCAGGAGGAGCAGCAGAGAAGACGAGAGAUUCUGAGGCAGCAGGGGGAGGAGGAGGACGACGAGGAGGAGGAGAUGACAGAUGAGGAUCGUUAUUUGGCUCGACUGGAAGCAGGCCUCUUCACACUGCAGCUCAUCGCUCUCAUCCUCGCCCACCUCUGGGCUGCAGAACAUGGGGGUAUGAGGCACCGUAUUGAUCUGCUGCUGCGACAGCAGAAGCUUUCAAGAGACCAUGUGAAGGCCAUUCUGCAGGAGUACAGCGACAACAUUGGGGACCUGGAUGGGGAGGAGGAGCGCAACAGACGGCGCGACAGAAUAGCCAAACUGAUUGCAGAUCUGUGA